AAAAUUGUCCUUGUUGCGCUUAUUGGGAUUUCAAACAAUGCGUGUCGAUAUAAAGGUAUAGAAUACACCUCACCAACUCUUGCUUCAGCCAUGAGCAACCUUACACCUGCUUUUACUUUCAUUUUUGCCCUCAUUUUCAGGAUGAAUAAUAUGGACAUUAGAAGCAAAACAAUUCAAAGUAAAAUCACAGGCACUAUACUUUCAGUAUCAGGUGCAUUGAUCGCAGUUCUCUACAAGGGCCCUAUAAUUGUAUUCUCUGCACCUUCAUCUCCUUCUCAAUCACAGUCCCUUUCCUUUCAACAUUCUUUGGGAACAUCAAAUACAAAUUGGAUCUUAGGAGGCCUUUUACUAGUUUCCGAAAAUCUUCUGAACUCCUUCUGGUACAUUCUUCAGACACAGAUAAUGAAUAUUUACCCAAAUGAGCAAACUGUGUCACUCAUAUACUUCCUGUGCAAGACAAGAAUUUCCUUACCAAUAUGCUUUCUGGCAGAAACAAAAUGGAGCGCUUGGACACUGAGACCUGAUAUAGAAUUGGUCACUAUUGUCUUAUCAGGAGUGUUUGGACCAUCCUUCAAUACAUUGGUCCACACAUGGGGAGUACACUUGAAGGGGCCUCUCUAUAUAGCAAUCUUCAAGCCAUUUUCUAUUGCCAUUGCAGCUGCCUUUGGUGUCAUUUUCCUUGGUGAUGCUCUCUUUCUUGGGAGUGUCGUUGGAGCAACUAUACUACUACUUGAGUUUUAUACUGUUAUAUGGGGAAAAGCACAAGAAGGACAUGUCAUGUAUUGUGGGCCCGAGAACAUGGAAGGCUCACCCGAUGGGAAGACCCCUUUGUUGCAAAGUUAA